ACCACAAAGUAACCUUUCCCUUGUGAGAGAACUGUGACAAAAAGACAUAGAUGCAUUUCAUUCUCGUCUGUUUUGAAUCCGUAGUCAUAGCUGCUUAUCCAAAGUCAAUAUUAACAAAUCCACACACCGAGUACUUGCUUGCAUAAUAAUGUCCGUCCUUCUCUCAUGUUAUAUAAAUGGUUGUCUACCUUGCAUCUAUCUUUCAGCUCUCAGUGUGGUGUUGGCAUCAAACACAUCAACAUGUUUUAUCACUUUUGUUUAAGUGUGUUGGCUCUCUUUUCUCUGACUGCUGCAUCUGAUCCCGGCUGCCUAGAUCUCCUAGAACCUGUGGAGGACAUCAAUCUGGUAUCUGGAAAAUGGAUACUUCAUGUUAUAACAUCAGACAAUGAAGGUUACAUGAACGUCCUUAAAGCAGUCAGCAGCUCCUGGAUUGACCUUUCACCUGUCCCCAAUAGUCAUGACUUCACCAUGAAAUGGGCAAACAGAAUUAAUGGGACAUGCUUUAUUCAAAGUACUACUUCCACUUCAAGUAGCUGUGCCAGUGAAGGAUUUAUCCUUAACUUCUACGGUCAAGAACACAAGGGGAGAUUUCUGAAGAUGUGUCCUGACUGUCUCUUCUGGUUCGACAACAACAUGGAGAGGACCAAUGACGGGGAACUGGUAAAAAAGACAAAUAUCUUCUUGUUAACAAAGUCUGGAAGAUUAGAUGAUGCUCACCUCGAGGUUUUCAAGAAGAAGGCCACGUGCCUCAACUUAAGUGAAGAUCUUCAUUUUGGAGACCUCACAGAUCAGUGUCCAGAAUAGAUGGUCGUUCAAAAGUAAAGAAACAAAACGUCCUACAGAUGUAAUCUACAACUGUCAUCUGCACAGCGGGAGACGCUGCAAGCUCUUAGUGUAGAGCUAUGUCAAUUGUAUUGCUUGUUGCAGAACCUCUACCUUUCAUGCAGGUGAUAACACAAUAAAGGAACAACAUGAUUUACUGUGA